AUGAACUCGCUAAACUUAAGCGAGGUACCUCUUGAUCGGAAUCGGAGGUCAGGAACCAUACUGGGAAUUGGGACGGCACGGCCCUUGUCAACCAACAUGCCCAAUCAUGACAGUUGGUGCGGCGGCCCUGCUCUAACUAUGGACCGGAGCAACUAUUCACGACCAUUAUGGGGAAAUCCUCUAGUGGAGGAUUGUGGGUCGGCCCCGCCGGCAGCUCGUUUUCACAUCUCUAAGUUUGAAUCUUAUCGUCUUUGGAGCAAAAUUGAGGUCAAUGGGUUUAUGUUUUCUGCAUUAGUGAAUUCUGACAGUAUUUUUGUUCCCACACUCUAA